GGAGCGGCAGCGCGGCCGCCAUGGCGCAGGCGGAGCCGGGGGUCCCGCGCGCGUGCGGCCUCCACGCGGGACGACCCCUGGAGCUGUUCUGCGAGGACUGCGGGCGCUGCGUCUGCGCCCUCUGCCCGGCCCUGGGCCCGCACCGCGGCCAUCGCGCCCUGCUCCUGCCCCAGGCCGUCCGCCGCAAGCAGGAACUCAUGGCAUCGUGUUUGAAGGAUCUUGAAGACAGAAAAGAGCAAGAAGGUGUUAACAGAAGGAAUGUAGAGCAGGCUGCUAAUGAUCUGAAGGCACAUGCCAUUUUGAGCAAAAGGCAGCUGUCAGACAGAGUGGCUGAGCUCCAGCUACUGCUUCGGGAGGAGGAGAGUCUGGCAAAAAACUACAUUGAUGAAAAGACUCAGCAAGCUGUGGAAGUACAUAAUCAGCAGUUGGAGUCCUGUCAAGAAGAGAUUGCAGCCCUGGACACCUUCUCGCAUCGAAUCAGACAAAUACAACAGUAUAGUGACCCUGUUCAGUUGCUGGAGGUGGUAUUUUACAGUCUCUUUCUGCCUCUUAUCCUCUAUUACUUGAAGUACACAGAAAUUGCAAAGGAAAUCCAGGAGCCCAGGCAGCGCCUGCUGGAGCAGUGGCAUCCGGUACCUCUCUCCUUUGAGCACAUCCUUAAUCAUUACCACCACUUUGUUACAGUUCUUCAGUCCGUUCUACAGAAACCACUAGAAGCCCGGCUUAAAGAAGACAUUUUCAGUAGCCUCAAUGCCACUGCAAAGAAGGAGCCUGGAACAGUGUUGAAAACCAUGUCUCCUGUUGAUCGUUUUCUUUUCUUAAAGCAUGCAAGAUCACCAACCUGGGAAUACAACAGCCUUCACCCAAGGCUGAAGUUGUCUGAUGACCGCCUUGCAGUGAGCUGCAGCUGGAGGAGGAUAUUGUACCCUUGUGGUCCCCAGAGAUUUGAUAAAUUAUGGCAAGUGCUAAGCAGAGAUGCAUUCCUUUCUGGGAGCCAUUACUGGGAAGUUGACCUGCUCCAUGCUGGAGCAGGAUGGUGGAUUGGUGCAGCCUACCCUUCCAUUGGCAGGAAAGGAGACUCUGAAACUUCUCGACUGGGCUGGAAUUCAGCGUCUUGGUGCCUUAAGAAGUUUGAGUAUGAAUACUGGGCAUUUCACAAGGGGGAAAGAAUCCCCGUCCUGGUAGAAGAUGAUCCCGACUGCAUUGGCAUUUUUCUGGAUUAUGAAGCAGGAAUCCUUUCAUUCUACAGUGUCACUGAUGGCAUGGCUCACUUGCACACCUUCCGCUGCAAGUUCACAGAACCAGUUUACCCGGCUGUCAGGCUCUGGGAAGGGUCCAUUGCGAUACGCAAACUAACAUGAGGACCAAGGCAAAAGAAAGCCUCCUGUUUCAGGCUUUUUCUGUGAAAGCCCCUUGGGCAAUGAUCUACGUGAACCUUAGACAUGAAAGUUGUAACUAUGAUACUUUUAGAAGGCAAUAGUUAAGGUCAAGAAAACUGACUGUAAUUUUUAAUGUAGAUGCAUUUUUCAGUGGGGGCAGGGGAUCUGGCUUUUGUAAAUGAUCUUGAUAUACCACCUAACGUGCCACGUACAUUUUUUUGUACUUGUUUUCAACUUGCAAAAUUGAAACAGUCUGGCUGAAAGAAGCCUACAACAACUCAGAUUUGAACCUGGCUAUUCCCAUCUUUUUUUAUGCCCUCUCCCCUCAUCUGCCAGCAGAGGCUGCAAUUGUAUAGGGGUAGUAGGUUUAGUUUGUUCAAGCUUCAAGUUCAUAUAUUGCAUACUGUUAGUUGACAAGGUCAGAUUUGGAUAAUACAUGCACUAGGUGAAUAAGAUCACACUUGAGUAUUGUCUCAGGAAAAAUCAAAGACUGGGACAGACUGCUGUAAAAGUUCAAGUAAAGCUGAAAUACGUGCUUCUGUAGCCAUGAGCUGGUCUUACCUGUGACCAAGACUGACUUGGGCUUCUGGGUGGCCCUUUCUUCUCACACAGAGUGGAAGCAUAAACAAUUAUGUACCACCUCCAACAGACAAGGAAAUGCCUCGUGGGAGGACCCACAAAUGCAGUAAAACCACUAGGUCAGCAGGACAUUGUGCUUAAUUUACUUUUAUGUCCUAUUUGCAAAGGCUUUUUAACUGCUGUGGGAUAAAGGCAUGCUCAUGUAAAACUAGAAGAAACAGCUUGUGAGUUUCAGUAUUGGGAUAAUUAAUGUAUGGGGAAGAAAACCAAGUUGUGCCCUGAAAAUUUUUGGAGCCUACAUUUACAGCAGCCCCUAGGACCAGCCCUGCUGGAGUGAAGAACCACUGCUAGUUGAAGCACGUCAGGUAAUCUUGCAGGGUUCAAAUACUAAAGGCCCUGGAAUCGUCACCGGUGCUGGCAAAAGCAAAGUCUGACCAUAGGCUGAAAUGCAAAAACAACAGUUUGUUUUAUAAGCUAAAUUUAUUUUUUAAAUUUGAAAUAAAAAAAUCUUUUUAACCA